AUGAGACAAGCUACUCACUGGGCUGAGAGGCAACGUCGUGGAGACUUUGACGAGGCAAACAAGCAUCAUUCUGCUCUUGACGUCUUUAAGCGUAUGCGCUGCAUCGCAUCUCUCUUAAUGCGAAUCUCAUGGCGCUUAUCUGGAUCGGCACAGUCUCGUUGCCCUCCCCCUUCACACGCCCAUCUUGGGCUCUCAUUUGCCUUUGUUCACUGGCGUGCCGACGUGUCGGCAGCGGUUGGGGGCUUUGUUGGUGGGCUUGCUGGCCCGGUGGACCUAGCUGCAUAUUCCGUCAUGCAUGAGCUACAACUAUGCCAGCGCAUCACAAGUGUGGCUCCCUGGCGCUGCCUGCUCACACCCCUGUCCCAUCCCUGCCUGGAUACCUCUCGCUGUCUCACUAUUCGCAGCGUCUCGCCUAUAUACAAACGAGCUAACGCCUGUGGUUGGAUAGAUCUUUGUUAA